AAUGUUCCUUCUACUGACCAUACUCCAAGCCUUGGCUGUAGCCUUAGCCCAGAGCCAAGGAGAUCAUAAAAUUAUUGGUGGCUACACAUGUGUCCGGAACUCCCAGCCAUGGCAGGUCGCUCUGCAAGCAGGGCCUCAGCGUAGCCUCCUGUGUGGAGGAGUCCUGCUGUCGAAUGAGUGGGUCAUCACUGCUGCUCAUUGUGCCCGACCGAUCCUUUAUGUAGCCCUGGGCAAGCACAACAUAAGAAGAUGGGAAGCAACUCAGCAGGUGGUGCGUGUGGUCCGCCAGGUGCCACAUCCCCAGUACCGACCCCAGGCCCAUGAUAAUGACCUCAUGCUGCUGAAGCUGCAGACAAAGGUGCGGCUGGGACGGGCAGUGAAGACCAUCUCUACGGCUAGCUCCUGUGCCAGCCCAGGGACUCCCUGCCGAGUGUCAGGCUGGGGAACCAUAGCCAGUCCCAUUGCCAGGUACCCCACUGCUCUGCAGUGUGUGAAUGUCAACAUCAUGCCGGAGCAGGCAUGCCAUCGAGCCUACCCUGGAAUCAUAACAUCUGGCAUGGUCUGUGCCGGGGUCCCUGAAGGCGGGAAGGACUCCUGCCAGGGUGAUUCUGGGGGACCCCUGGUGUGUGGGGGACAGCUCCAGGGCCUUGUGUCCUGGGGAAUGGAACGUUGUGCUACACCUGGCUACCCAGGAGUCUACACCAACCUGUGCAAUUACCACGGCUGGAUCCAGAGGACAAUGCAAAGCAACUGAUCACCCAUCACCAUCUGAUCGUCACCAGCUGUCUCUGUGCUUUCACGGUCUCCUCCAUUAGACAUUUGAGUCCUCCCCAAGACACUAGAGUCCUCCUCCUCCUCCUCCUCCUCCUCCUCCUCCUCCUCCUCCUCCUCCUCCUCCUCCUUCUUCUUCUUCUUCUUCUUCUUCUUCUUCUUCUUCUUCUUCUUCUUCUUCUUCUGACUCCGGCCUUCAGACCCAGGCCCCCCAGGUCCUUGGCACCUCCCUCAGAUCCAAUAGCCUUGCCUUUAUUCCAGGCUCCACCUUCUUUCCCCAGGUCUUGGCUCUGGAAUCUCUCUCACAGCUUGUUGUCACAGUUUGAGACUCACUGAGCCCAGAGGCUGGAGUGCAAAUGCUCUGGAUCAAUAUCUUCAUCCAUAGAAGUCUGCUUCCAAAACUCUUACUGUCUCUAAAAUCCAAAUAAAUAAAAAUGCAAAUGGACUCACCCCA